UUGGAUCGUCUGGCUCGACAGCGGGCAUCGGGUCACCAGGUAUGACAGCGGGCACUGGGUCACCAGGCAUCAGGUCAUUUGGCUCGCCAGCGGGCACCGCGUCAUCUGGCAAGGCAGUGGGCACCGAGUCACCAGGUACGACAGCGGGCUCCGAGUCAAUUGGCACGACAGCGGGCACCGGAUCAGGUACCGGAUCAUCUGGAUCAACAGCGGGCAUCGAGUCAACUGGCCUAAUAGGAUCGUCAGGCUGGAUCAGUUCAUCAUGCUGGGUAGAGGCAUCAGGCUGAAUGCCGGCGUCCGGCUGAGUAGAGGCUUCAGGCCGAGUAGAGGCUUCAGGCCGAGUAGAGGCAUCAGGCCGAGUAGAGGCAUCAGGCUGAGUAGAGGCAUCAGGCUGAGUAGAGGCAUCAGGCUGAGUAGAGGAUUCAGGCUGAGUAGAGAGGCUUCAGGCUGAACCACGGAAGGCAGUGGGAACAGGGUACUGACAUGCGGUAGAUAGCAGGGCAG